AUGCUGACGCCGUGCAGGAUCCAGGAAUUUUCAAGACAAGCAUCACUAAGAGAACUCGGCAGAGAGGGACAGAAACACGCCCGGGAGACGGAGGGCCUCCGCGUCCGCGCCGCCCGCCCAGCAGCCACAGCGCACACGGUGCACGGGGUCCCGCGGCUCAACGCUGUCUGCGGGACCGCAGAGGCAAGGAAACGCUGGGAAUCCUCGGUGGGUGGUCAGCAGCAGCGAGACUUCGCCAAGGAACUGAAGGUUCACAAAGGCUCCAAGCGUCUCCCCACCAAACACUCAUCAGCCCCAAGGGAGGGCGGGACCCUCAGGGGAGAAACCCCUAGAGGUCCCCGACUGGGUGACCAGGUGACACCCAGGUGCACAAGCAGCUGCCGUCGCGACGGGCCAACGCUCACGGUCACCACCGCCGCGCACGGUCCCCAGGCCGCCCUGCACAGCACCCGAACACUGAACACCCGACACCAGACACCAGGCGGCAGCUGGGACACUCCUGGGACAGCAGGCCCGCCUGGAGAAGGCCGCAUCUCCCACCUCCUCGCGAGGCCGUCUGUCCCCUCCUGCUGCCUCUGCAUCGGACGCUUCCGGCUACGGAUCUGCUCUCGACAGGUUCCUGGUGACGAGGACAGCACCAACGCCCCCAAUCUCCACGGCCACUGCCCACCCUGCAGCCCGGCUGACCCCUCCCAUGUGGCCCCUGACACGGGGAAGCACCCACCCCCACCCCCCGGCUUGACCCCUGCGAGGGGACCUUGUUCUUGUUUCUGCGGCUGGCUUCUGUCCCGGCCGACGGGGGAAUUCGUCCCUCUUCCGCCUGGCGGGGUGGUGACCCCUGCCCCCGGGGCGGGCACUGCCCGACUCCACCCCGAGGGCGGCGCCAGCCCACGCGCCGCUCCAGAGCCCGGCAGGCGGCGCGCGGCGGCGACGGCGGGGCCGCCGCGACUCCCGCCCGGAGGCGCUGGGGGCCGCCGCGCCUGCGCGCACCGCUGCGUCUUCCUGCUGGCGCUCAGCCUGCUCACCUGCUCCAACAGCACGCUGUGGCUCAGCUUCGCACCCGUGGCUGACACGAUCACCCGGCACUUCCUACUCUCCACCGAGCAGAUCGACUGGCUCUCACUGGUCUGCCUUGUGGUGUCCAUCCCAUUCGGCGUGGUGGCCAUCUGGGUUCUGGACUCUGCUGGGCCCCGCUGGGCGACCAUCCUAUGUGCAUGGCUGAACUUUGCGGGGAGCGUGAUCUGCUCCCAGCCCUGCAUGAUCACCAGCAGCCAGGACCCAUUUGCUUUCCUCAUGGGUGGGCAGAGCCUCUGUGCCCUCGCCCCAAUCCUGGUCAUCUCUCCAGCCAAGCUGGCCGCCUUGUGGGUUCCCGAGCACCAGAGAGCCACAGCCAACACGAUCAGCACGUCAAAACCCCUGGGCAUCCUGGUGGCCAACCUGCUGUCUCUCAGCCUGGUGAAGAAGGAGGAGGACAUCCCCUUGAUGCUGGGCGACUGGACAUCUGCAUCAUCCCUGCUGGCCACUGCUUGCGUCUGGGAGAGCACGCCCCCCACCCCGCCCUCCGCGGGGGCUGUCCACUCCACCUCACAGAAGUGCCUAGCCGGGCUGGAGCUGGUCAGAACAUGGCCUACGUCAUCCUGGCUCCUGGCCACAUGCUUUGGGGGCAGCAUUGGCAUCUUCUCCAGCUUCUUGUCCUUCCUGGAGCAGGUCCUCUGCGUGAAUGGCUACUCCAGCUUGGAAUUUGCAGGCCUCUGUGGGGCUCCCUUCUUUGCGUUUGGGGUCUUGAGGGUGCUGCCUCUUGGCCUGUGUGUGGACCGGACCAAGCAUUUCACUGGAGCUGUCGAGAUCGGCCUCUGCCUGACAUCUCUGGUCUGCGUGGCCUUUGGCCUGGUGUCCCAGCUGGGGGGACAGACCGUUGCGCUGGCCGCCACCUGCUCGCUGCUGGGGCUCUGCUUCUCAGCGGCGCCUGUCGCCAUGCAGCUGGUUGUCGAGUGCUCCUUCCCUGUGGCUGAGGGCAGUGCCCCGGGCAGGGCUGAGGUUCUCGUGCUGGGCAGGCAGGCCGAGGGUGUGCUCAUCAUGGCGCUGCUGACCUCCCCGACCGUGCACCACGUGGAGCCGUCCUUCUCCACCUGCCGGAACGGCCAGGACCUGCUGGCCUGA